AAAUAUUAAAUUUUGACGUUGGUGUCUUAUUUACUUUUACAGCAACACGGCAACAUUCUCGAAGUAAUUUCGCAAAGCCGAUUGUCAAAUUCAGCGCAAAAAAGCCCAGAGCUUAGUUUAAUUGCAUUGGAAUUUCUCAAUAUUCUUCCGUUAUUUCUCGAUCGAAAUUAUUAAAUUUUUCUUUUCUCAGGCCUGACACACCCGCCUCAACGCCGCCUAUCUUGAGAUUUUGGGUACUUAUUUGAAGCUGACAUUCCGCUCUACCUCGCCUUCAGACAGUAAAAUUUGUUGCUCUGUACAAAAAGAAUUUUAAUAUAUUAGAAUUAGCAUCUUAUAGAAGUAAAACAACCGCAACGAAAAUAUGUCCCAGUUAAAUACACCGGAAAAAGAUGCGGCUGGCAAACCCCCGACUAAUCGACAACAUAGUGCGCACAGUCCAAAUCUAACUUUGCAGCUUCCCAGUCCUAUUAUUACAAAGCGCACACGCACUGCUUCAACGUCGGCUCGUGCUUUAGAAAAUCCAAUUGAAACAGGAAUCGUUAAGGCAUUUAGUCGUUCGAAGGGACAUGGGUUCAUCACACCGAAAUCAGGCGGUGAAGAACUCUUCUGUCAUGUCUCCGAUAUUGAUGGUGAAUAUGUGCCACAACAAGGUGAUGAAGUAAGGUACCGCCUAUGCGCGAUUCCGCCAAAAUUCGAAAAACACCAAGCAGUACAUGUGCAAAUUAUCAACUUAACACCAGAAGUGCACCAUAAGUGGGAGGAGCCCGUCUACCCAGAUUCUCCUGCUCAGUAACGUGUUGCUGAAGUGACAAUUUAUUAAUUGUACACUCUUUUCAUGUCACAAAAAUCCUUGGCCAGUGGUAAUAAUAAGUGUAUAGUUCAAUAUUUCUUAGAAAGACCUAAAUUUGCCAUUAAAUUAGGAGUUUAACAAAUUUUGUAUGAGCAGAUCACACAUUUAAAAAUAAAAUUUUACACCUUUUGCUAAAACAAUAGGAGCGACCGUAGAAAUAAUACAUCGAAAAUAAUUCAAUUAAAAAAUAACUCUAAACUGCAGGGAACAAAGCACAGAUAGUUUGUAUUUUUUUUUCUUACAAAUUAUAGGAAAUAUCUUAAUUGAAACCGGAACAUCCGCAAUUCGAAAUUUAAAUGCUCUUAUUCAAAGAAAUUCUGUUUUGAAAGUAAAUAUAUGUAUGUAAUUCAUUGUUUGCUAAGCUAAACCGUAUCACAAUCAAAUAUCUAUAAUAAUAUAAAUCUGCGGCGUGAGUCAAGUUACAUACAUGUGUAUUGUUUAUGGUCAACAUAGCAAUUAUAAUUAAGCGUCAAUAACGGAAGGCAAUUACGUCCAGUAUAAAUACAUGUGCAGGAGUAAUAAAUACAACAACAAAUGAGAAUCGUUUAAGUAAACAAAUAAAAACAAAAUUGGCAAGGUUA